ACCCCCACCCCCGCCAUCCCCGCCCUCGUCUUGAAAGGAACUGCAAAGGGUCGAAGCAAAGAUGAAGGCGGUUUCAUCUGCUUGCAUAGAUCCUAGUUCCGUGGUACGACGCUGGGUCGCAUCACCGCGGUAACUGACAUUCGAAACGACGAUUCCACAAACAAACAAACAACGGACGCUGACGUAGUGAACAAUCUAAUCGUAGGCAGCACCGCGGCCACGCGACACUAGAGGCUUCUCACACAGCCCCGGCUCACGGUUAUCGAUCGACCCAAAUCACCAUGUUACCGAGGCGAUCGGGGAUAUGUACGGCGACUACGAAACAGAGGAUAGGGGCAGUCGAUACAGCUUCGUUUCGUCGGCUCCCGGUGGCGGUGGCAACAGCGAGCCAUCUCGAGCGGUGAAGCGGCAAUCCACACUCUCGGUUCCGGGGUUGCACGGUAGAGGUCUUGGUGGGGGUAGUGGCGGUCUUGGUGGGGGCUUCGGAGGUGCGGGUGGAGGGGUACCAAGUAACAGCCAAGGCUCGUCAACAACUCCACCAUCCUCGGUCAGAUCCGCGAGUCCUUCGCCAGGCGAGGCUGUUUACCCCCUCAAUGACAUCGAUUACGAAUCCGAUCCCGUCGCGGUAGCUCAGGAGAUUAGUAACCUUCAGGCGCUACGGAGAAUGUCGAUGGACGUUUCGUCUGCGGCGGAUCCGGACCUGCCGUCGUUCAACAGUUUCGUGCCUUCGACGCCCCCCGACGAUGGGGAUCCCGGGAGCAUCUUCUGGGUUCCCGCACGGCUACACCCCGAACUCGCGCCGCAGGAGUUCAGUGCUUUCUUGGAAGCGAAGAAGAACGAGAUACGAAGGCCACAAAGCGCAGGAGGAGGUGGAGGCUCGUUGUCUCCGGACGGGGCGCAUUCCGGGGGUCCAAGCUUGAGGCGAAAGAAGUCUAUGCUUUCGCGUCAGAUCGAUGCGGACUCGGCAAGAAACUACCGCGACGGCGCUGAUCGGCUAGAAAAGCGAAAGUCACUCCUCACCGACGGAAAUGCGGCGCCGGCGAUUCAAUUGGACGACCUCAUGAAGGACCCAGAAGCUCUGAUGCACCGGCUCAGCGCGGAUUCGAGACGGAGAACCGAAGAAGGUGACCAAGCCGACGAUCCGAUAAUAUUCGCUCCCAAAGUGGGGCUUAAACGGUCGACGGCCACACACUACCGUCGGGGCAGUACGAGAAGAGACCGGGUGGGAUCGAAGCGCGGGGGCAAGAUUGCGGAAACAGACACUGAGGAUUACGGACCCGACGCACCCCGCGGAUUUAAGCUGGACCGAGCGUCGACAGAACCUGUCAUCCGAGGGCCCUCAUCUAGGGAGAUUGACGAACCAAAGCAACGACAAGGCCGCAGGUCACCGCCAGAUUCGACAAGUCCAUCCACGUCGUUCGAUGAUUUGAUGUCCAAGACAGUGCCAGUAGGAACAGCUUCGUCCACCCCCGGUGCAACACAGGAGAAGCACAAAUCUGCCCCUGCUAAGGCCAGGCGCUCAAGCUCUCCGAGAGGGACAGCGCGGGGUACAAGAUCUAGCGAACCGGUACCACCUGUUCCAAAAAUCGUCGAGACUCCGCCCCCGCCCUCUACUCUGCCGAUAAUCGAGCUUCCCGAACGACACUCUUCGUUCGAGCCGCCCAACUCCUCCGGAUCUCAGAAGAAGCCACGUCCGCCCGUUACCAACCGUCUGUCGGAUUCGGCGAUCGAUACUAGCCCCUCAGCGGGUAAAGCAGCAGACCAUAUGACAGUUCCGGAUGCAAAGGGAGACAAGCGGGAUAGGAAACGGCCGGAAUCGUCGGGCAGCACCACGGGCAAGGACCGGAAAACAAGCUGGGGGUGGCUUCUCGGCGAUUCGGACAAAGCCAAAGAGAGGGAAGAAGCGAAGGAGCGGGAACGAGAGGAGAGGCUCAAGGCUAAGAAGGAAAAGCGACCAAAAUCCGCCGACAAGUCCUCGGAAAAGUACGACAAUACCCGUCUGGACGUCUUGCAGAAAUCCAUCGAGCUCGGGAAUACCGGGAAAGUGGUCGCUGCCGAUCCCGUCGUACCUGCGGCCAUCCUCGUCGUUGAACCUCCCAGCAGAACAGACUCGAGAGAAUCGAGGAAAUCACGUGGCGAGGAUAAGAAGGAGAAAGAGAAAGACUCGGGAUUCUUGUCCUUCUUCGGAGGCUCAAAGAAGAAAUCUGGCAGUGAGCACCAGACUGACGAUAAGAAGAGCGGAAGCGGCGGUCGCUCGCGUGGCACAUCUCCCGACCCCGCCACCGAAUCACGGCCCAAAUUUUACUACACCCGCUUCCCCAUCCAUAUUGAACGCGCAAUCUACCGUCUCUCGCACCUAAAACUUGCCAACCCACGCCGUCCACUCCACCAACAGGUGCUCCUGAGUAAUUUUAUGUACUCGUACCUGGCACUCGUACAGCAGACGCAGCCGCAUUUGAUCCAGCAGCAGCAGGCAAGCUCUUCGCAGCAGCAGAAGCAGCAAGCUGCCGAACAGCAGAGGCUACAGGAGCAGCAACGGUGGCAGCAACGGCAGGAAGAGGAGGCCAGGUUGCAGCAACAACAACAGCGGCAACAUCAUGAUGAUGGCGCGAGAGAUUCGGAUGGGUAUGUUGAUGACUCCCAGGGUUACGAUGAGUACUCCGACGACGAAACUCAAGUUAGCGGUAAUCACGACGACUACUACGAAAACGAUCGAGAUGGUGGUGGUGGUGGCAAUACAUAUUACGAUCAACAGCAGCAUCAGCAGCAACAGCACCAGCAGCAGCAGCAACAGCACCAGCAGCAGCAGCAACAGCACCAGCAGCAGCAGCAACAGCACCAGCAGCAGCAGCAACAGCACCAGCACCAGCAGCAACAGCACCAGCAGCAGCAACAACAGCAACAGGAUGAACGAGACGACAUGUGGUAGGCCGCGGGGCGGAGGAGUGUACACAUUAGCAUAGCGAAUAGGCCUUUUUCAGUUUCUUUUUUCUUUUUUUUCAGUCUCUUUUUACCGGGUAGUUUGGGAUCUUAGGUUUUCUUGUUCUGUUGACGGGCGGGCAGGCGGAGUUUAGUUUGAUAUUUCUUUGAUGCGGUCCACAGUGGAAUUAGGGGAAAAUAGGGAAUCACAAAUGCUGAGAAUCUUCAUCAUACAAGGUCGCUUAGCUCAGUUGGUUAGAGCGUGGUGCUAAUAUCGAAAGAUGUAUACGCC